UGUUUUGUGGCUGUGUGACUCUGAAAGUGUGUAGAAGAUCACACAUUGAUCUUUUUUACAUGGAUGUAGCAUUGCCAGACCAUGGUAAUUUAACUCUCAAUUUCGGUUCAGCAGAAUUUUGGUUGUAUUAAUAGUUGAGUCCAUUGUAUUGUAACUUGAAAAUAGUUAAAUCUGGGGUAAAAAUUGCAAUUUACUGCCAAGUAUUGGUGAGAAUCAUACCUGAUAUUGGAGGACAUUACAAGGAUCAAGAUGGUGACAAUUCUACUCUUUAUGGCAUUAGCUCAUCAAAUGGUCAAAUCUUCAUUGGCUGCUGGUGAAGAGAUCAGGCUGGUAAAUGGCACUAGUCACUGCUCUGGGACAGUGGAGAUUCUUUACAAGGCCCAGUGGGGAAGAGUGUGUGGUCAGAAGUGGGACGUUGACGAUGCCAAUGUGGUGUGUGGCCAGCUGGGCUGUGGGAGGGCUGUGAGUGUCCAAAGUAGUGUCCAUUCAGGUCAGGGUAGUGGUGGAAGGCCGACUUGGCUGGAUGAUGUUGGGUGUAAAGGCAGUGAGAGCUCCCUCACAGAAUGCUCACAUGGAGGAUUGAAACACCAUGACUGUUUACAGUCUCAAGAUGCCAAAGUUGUCUGCUCAGUUAAACAUAAUAUCAGACUGGUCAAUGGGAGUGACCUCUGCUCUGGGAGGGUGGAGGUCUAUCAAAUUGGUCACUGGCAAACCGUGUGUAACGACAUAUGGGAUUUAAAUGACUCUGCUGUGGCAUGCAGACAGCUUGGCUGUGGGAGAGCUGUUAGUGCCCCAGAGAGGGCUUACUUUGGUCAGGGCAGUGGGCCUAUCUGGCAGGAUGAUGUUGGCUGCUCUGGCAGUGAGUGCUCCAUCACACAGUGCCCACACACAGGAGGAACACAUGACUGUCAUCAUGGUAACGACGCAGGUGUUAUUUGUUCAGGUGUUGUCAUGCAGAAGCCUUCACUCUCCACAAACCAAUCAUAUUCUGCCUUAUUGCAAGGAGAGGAGGUUCAACUCACCUGCACUCUUCCAUCCCGUAUCCUCUGUAAUGCUGUGGAGUUCAUCUUCUAUCUGAAUGGAGACUCCAUCAUGACCGUGACCGUUGGAUCCUCACAGCCCAGGGCUACUUUAACAAAGUUUAAGAUGGAUGCUUCACACCAGGGCAGUUACCGCUGUCUCUACAGAACCCUCUCCAACAGCCAAGCCAUCAGCUCCCCUUACAGCAACAUUACUAAAGUGGUCCUGCUACAGCCCAACAUCUCUCUCAGUCCUCCAAAUGGAGGGAUGUUUUGGGAACCUCAGGGGCCAGAGGUGGUCAGGGGCCACAGCUUCUCCAUCACCUGCUCCAUUCAGCCACAGUAUCCUGGAGGCCUCUUCUAUCUGGACUUCUCUGGGUCCAACAAGACUGAAACUAAGCCAGCAGUCAACCACUCUGCCUCCUUCCACUUCCCUGUUGCAGAGUAUACAGACCAGGGGAAGUACAGCUGCAGCUAUGUAGUCAAUGUCUCCACCCGGUCAUUCAGGUCGGGUAAUAGUGAACUAGCUGUCACCAUUCGAGCGUUCAUGGUCCCCAUCAUUGUCUCUGGAGGGACUGGUGGGGUAGGACUGCUAAUUCUGCUUCUUCUAGCCAUCUGUCUAGUCAGCUGGAGGACGAGGAUGAACAGAAAGCCAUCUACAGAGACUGGCCAGGGAGAAUGUAUUGACAACAGACACAACAGAGGGGAGGACAACGAAAAGGAAGAGGACUAUGUUAAUGUUGAAAACGUCUGUUACCAGAGAGGUCUGGAGGGUGCAAAGAAAAAUGAGAAGGAUAAAGGGCACAGCUAUGGGAAAUCAGAGGAUGUCUAUGUCAACGAGGAUGGAAACACUCAAAGAAAUGGUGUUUGUGGGGGGUCUCGUGAGAAAAUUAACAGUGAAGAUGAUGAAAAUGAUUAUGUUAAUGUCUCUGCUUAGGACAAUGCUGUAGCACAGGCAGGUGUGUCAGUUGACUAUAGCUUUAAGACCAAAAAGUUAAAAGUAGGCUACAAAAAAAGUUGACUAAAAUCAUUCAAAUCCGCCAUUAAAAUGCAACGGCUGUUUAGCGUAUCUAUGGGCUGGCUUUAGGACUACGCAGCAAUUAGCUCGGAGGGCCUGUGUGCCUUUCUCUCAGCAUUGAGCAGAGACAGUACCUAACAGCUUGCUUGAGGUCAACCUAUUUAGGCAGUUCGCCGAUUGCUUUAAAUUUGAUGUCGGCAUUUGAACUUGGCCUUGUAAGCCUCACAGCCAGUUUUAUGCACCUGCUACUUAUACAUUGAUGUCGGCAUAAGCGGCGCAUCCGGUAGGCUAGGGGAAGAUACGCUUCGCCUAAUGUCAAUAGAAUGACAUUUCCAAAAUGAGCUAUAUAAUUACUUGUGCCUUAUACAGAAAUAAAUAACAUUACAAAUACAACACCAUAUGAUUUGACCAUAGAGAUUCAUUAGCUUCUUUUAAAAAUGAGCUGUUUUUAUUGAAAUUAGUCAUUUGGGCAGCAGGCGGAAGAUAGCCUACAAAAUAGUUGAUUGUUGAGUUGCAGCAGUCCGUGGAAAGAAGUUUAGUAGGCUUAGGCCGAUCUCAAUAUUUCAAACUACAAUCACGGGAAAAACAUAAUUUAGAAAGCAAAUGUCUAUUGCUGAGAAGAAAAGGCUCUAAUUUGUCUUCUCAACUCACAUUUGAGUAAACAGUAGCCUCUUAUUGGCACCAGAGGAGAGCAUCAACCAUAUCCCCAAUGAGUGCACCAUAUUCACUUGCCUUUAUCAUUGGAUCCCCAAACAUUUGGGGAGACAAAUUCCCUCCUCCAGGCUAAAUGGAUGUCAUAUUGUAGAAUUUGUGACUCUCCUUUUUGUAGGCCUGGAUUAGAUAGUUACAUAGUUGAUAGUUGUUUUUACUCAUCUGUUUGUGAGUGUCAGCAGAGUAGGCUACUAUUUUUUGUCGUAUUGAAAAAUAUGUUGCUUAUUCCUCCAGUCAUAUAAAGUGUAUUAGAAUUGCAUAAAAUGUGUUUAGAAAAAGGCAACAUUUUUCCUGUGCAAAGAAAGGAGAAGAAACGUCUCUGUUUAAUCCUACACUAUGUCAUUACGCGCUCAGAAAUGCAUUGUUCAGAAUUAUCUGUUUUGCUUACAGUGAUUGAGUUAUGUGAUUAACCUAAAUUAUGACUGAAAUCUACUCAUCACAUUAGCAAUAGUAGCAGAUAUUGCAUUAGUCCGCAAAUGCGAUAGUAGAUGCAUGAAAUCCCUUUAUUACACUGAACAAAAAAAAUGCAACAAUUUCUAAGAUUUGACUGAGUUACAGUUUAUCUAAGGAAGACAGUCAAUUGAAAUGAAUGAAUGAAUUAGGCCCUAAUCUAUGGAUUUCACAUCACUGGGAAUACAGAUAUUUUGUUAUUCACCGAACGUUUGCGAGUCUGAUGGCCCCACAACGCUACUGUUUUUUUUUUUAAAACAAUACAGCCAUAACCAUUUAGGUAAAAAUGCUCAAUACUUAGAUGUUGACUUAUAUCAAUUACAAACAAAGACAGCAUGCAUGGUUCAAAUUUGGCAUUUAUCCCUGGUAGAUCACAAUUAUCAAUAACAGCGCGAUUUGUUUUAUUAGAUAAUCAAGACAUUGGUGGAAUAAAUCAUGUUUAUCUUGAACAAACAUAAAAGAAACAAGGUUUUCAUCA